CCCCCCACCACCAUGUCAGACGCGGCCUUGGACACCAGCUCCGAGAUCACCAACAAGGACUUGAAGGAGAAGAAGGAAGUCAUGGAGGAGACGGAGAAUGGAAGAAACGCUCCUGCCAAGGGGAGUGCAGCUAAUGAGGAAAAUGGGGAACAAGAGACUGAUAAUGAGGUAGAUGAAGAAGGUGGGGAGGAAGAGGAGGAGGAAGAAGAAGGUGAUGGUGAGGAGGAGGUUGGAGAUGAAGAUGAGGAGGCUGAUGCAGCUACAGGCAAAUGGGCAGCUGAAGAUGAUGAGGAUGAGGAUGUUGAUACCAAGAAGCAGAAAACUGAUGAGGAUGACUAGACAGCAAAAAAAGGAAAAGUUAACUCAAAAAAGGCCGCCGUGGCCUAUUCACCCUCCACUUCCCGUUUCAGAAUCUAAACGUGGUCACCUUCCAGUAGAGAGGCCCGCCGCCCUCUGCGGGCAGCGUCACCAAGCUCUCCACCACCCC